CACGCAGCGUGUCACUGUGACAGCUGUGACAGCGAAAAUACUAUUCUUGCACUACGUGAGUAAUAAAAUCGGUAAAUCGCCGAUUGCAACUGAGCCUCUUUUCUUAAAGCAAGGCGUAAAAACCGGUCGUGAUUACCAUGUCCACAAAAGAAGUAGAGAAAACAGCUGAUGAUAGUGCUGAUGAUGAGACGGACUGGCUGUAUGGAGAUGAUAAUUUUGAAGAAGGAGAGAGUACAGAAAAGGAAGUCUUCAGUGCCCUGAUUGGUGAUGUGGAUGGUGUGAUUGGACUCAGUUACCAAGAGAGUGAAUCAGACAGUGAUGAUGAUGUCUGUGUGACCAUCGGUGGCAUUAAAAUGGGCGGAUCCCAGGGCUCGUCAUUUGAAUCCAGUUCCAUCAGUCUGAACAUAAAGACCUCUGUAUCAGGCUCUAAGUCCAGAGGGCUGGAUCUGAAUGCUGAGGGCAAUCUCCUGGAGGUGGAUGUAGAGUCCUUUGAGGAGAAGCCAUGGAGGAAGCCAGGGGCAGAUCUGUCUGAUUACUUUAACUAUGGUUUUAACGAGGACACCUGGAAGGCAUACUGUGACAAACAGAGACGGCUGCGCAUGAGUCUAGAGAUCUUGAGCCUGGGGUCAUCCAGCAAAAUAAUGGUGCAUCAGAAGUCUAAUGAUCUGUUAGAAUACUCAUCCAGCAAGUCAAGCGGUUCGAUCAAUGUUAUCGAAGGACAGACAGGGACCAUCAGUCGAGUGGAAGGCAGAAGACGUCACAGUGCAGAUGAAAAUAACAUCCAGGUUGUUUCGGAGCAUUCUUCGGACACAGAGUUAUCCUCGCCAAAGCUGUCGCCCUUUUUUCCUUCAAAUAUUCCACCUCCACCUUUCCCUCCACCCCCCCUCAUACCACCACCUGGUUUUCCUCUACUUCCUGGGGCUCCUCCACCUAUAAGACCAACAACAGAUAGCAGUGGACGUUUGGCUGGAGGCUAUGAUGGACGCUCAGCCCCACCUUACCCCUUCCCUGCAGGUGUGUACUCACCUGCAGUGGGCAUGUCUUCCUGGCCUGGCAUGAUCGACAAUGGCAAGGCAUGGGAGUAUUAUGCCCGCAAACAAAGGAACAGAGAAAAGGAGAAAGAGAAAACCAGAGAGCGAGGGCACAGGAAAGACAGAGAGAGGGAGAGGGAGAGAGAGAGGUACAGAGAAAUGGAUCGUGAGCAUAGUCCCUCCUCACAAGACCACAAAAGUGAAGAGGAGCGCCCGUCUCGGCACAGGGAUCACAGUCAUUACGGGAGUGACAGGUAUCGAGAAAACUCCGGAAGAGAUGGAGAGAGUGACAGACGUCGAGAGAGAAGACACGGAGACAGGCAUGAACAACACAGAUCCUCACGCAGUGGCCACAGUAGGAGGCGUCAUGAAAGUGGUGACACAGAUAGCCACAGGAGAAACAGGCACAAACGCUCCAGACAUCACCGAGAGAGCAGGGAGCCCAGCGAGGAGUGCAGUGCAGACCAGGAGAACCAGUCAGAGAAGACAAAUUCAUACUCAUCUGGGAUGGCAUUAGGAAUUGUUAUUUUUCUGAAGUACAGUGUGUGGUGAUGGAAGCAAUUGAAGAUGAGAAAAAGUGAAAGAAAAGAGACAGAAUCGGACACACCUCUGAGGUUGAGAUGAGAGAUGUGUGUGAGAGACUCAGAACUGGGAGAGAGAUCACAUACUGAAAUACAGUGGAAGACACGGUACUCACACAAACACACACACUCUCUCUCUCUUGCCCAUAUGAGUCUCAUAAAAACAUACAAACCACACCAUUAUCUAUCUUAAUACAGCAAAUAAAGACUAAACCCCUUGGUUUGUGUGUGUGUGUGUGUGUGUGUGUCUUUAUUUGAUAGACACAAUUUAAACACACACACAGGCCUCCAUAUACCUGCCUGCACAUGAUCACUCCUGUGCCUUCACACGCCUACAUGCAUGUCACAUAUGACAGAAAUAAAAAGGAUAAAAUUUCCAUAUGCUCAACUGGGGGCUGGUAUCAAGUGUGUAUGAUAGAAAGAAGGAUAUGGCAGUGUGUAUGAGUAGGAGUGUGUUGUUGUACAAGUCUGUUAUUUUCUAGUGUUAUAUGCAUAUAUUUGCAGAACUGAUGAUAGUUAUACAUAUGUAUUAGCAGGUGUCUUUGUUUGUGUGUGUACUCGCAUUCAAAGUGUGUAAGGGAGAUAAGAUCAGAGGGGCACCUUGGAAACAGGUGUGUGUGGCAUUGUUGUGUCCCAUUCACACAUACAACAAUUUUAUUGCUGGAGGUUGCCAGGUUGCUGUUCUGUGGGUCGCUAGUAAACAUUCCUAUUGCUGGUCGCUGAAAUGUUAUUUGAUCACAAAUGUUUAUCAGAUGUAUUGCUGGUAAAACAUAAGAUUCUAUUUUCAUUCUUAUUACAUUCUAAAUGGGCGUUCAGACUGAAUGCAUUCGCAUUAAAUAAGAUGCACAGUGCAAUGAAUAGAACAGAUUGCAGGUGUCUCAAAAUGUUUUUCGAACUCCACACGUCAUCUUCCAAAAGUUUUGUGAGACACGGUGCAACGGUCAAAUAAGUCCGUCUAGUGCAGUUUUUCCCAGUCCUCAUCCUAGAGGCCCUCUAACAGUACAUAUUUUAUUUAGAUGUCUCCCUUAUCUAACACACCCAUUUCAGGUCUUGGAGUACUUGACUAAUGAGUUGAAUCAGAUGUGAUGUUAUAUUAGGGAGAAAAUUAAAAUGGAUAGUGUUUGGGGCUCUCUAGGAACAGGGUUGGGAAACACGGGUGUAGUGCAUGUUAACGUAGAAAAACAGCCCAAAUGGACGCAUUUGGUGUGAAAAGCAUUCUGUGUGAAUUUUUAAUUGUCCUGUAAGUCAUUCUAUAUUAACAAGUCUAAAAGUGGCGCUCCUAUGCGAGACACUGAAAAAAGGCAAGAUGUAGCGAAACAAAAAAAAAUCUAUGUCUAUCCAAAUCAGCUGACACAAUAACAUGUUUGGUGUGAACGAUCCGAAGUCAUUCUACUUUGACAAAGUUUAUUGCUGCUAAAAAUUUACAUUUUAGAGGGGACAGUAUUUGUAUGUAAAUUGCAGCAGUGCUCUACGCAUCAUUUCAAGAACAAGACGAACAAUAUAUCAAUGAAUGAAUCAAACUCACUUGGAAUGGCAACAAUUCCUGCAUCAUUUUUUUAAUUUUUAUUAUUUCCCUGCAUGUGGGCAGAGACAAAUCAAAUAAGACAGUGAAAUUACUCAGUCACUUGAACUUUUCAUUAACUUUGUGAAAUCACACAGUAACAUAAACCUUUCAUGCAUCUUGUCUGCACUCAGCUCCUUUACUUCACAGAAGACGAAUGGUAGUCUGAUGGUAGUUGAUAGUUACUGCAUCGCAUUACUGCUCAUUUGCAUACAGUUACAUUUUUCUCAAAUUUGUUGCAUUGCUGGACACACCCAGAUUGCAUCAGCAAUGGACACUGUCGCUCAUGUUGCCGGAAAUCGCCAAAUCUCAUUGAGAAUGAAUGACUUCCGACGCUUUGCCGCUGCAGAUCCCUGUAUGUGGGUAACGCCCCUUUAGCUGUGUCUGAAUUAG